CGUUUCUCUACCAUCAAGUUUCAACACUAUCCGGAAAUGUAGGGAUGUUUUAAAGGUAAUGUAGGGAUGUUUCUAAGCUACUAGAAUGCAAUAAAGUUAACUCGAGGUGACUACUACUGAUCCUAAUGGCAGUGUUAUCAACAGGCCAUGUAAUGCAUACAGUGCAAUACAGGACACUGUGUUCUGUACAAUGUGUGCAACAGCAUGUGUGCCUUGGUUGAGUAAUACAGUAGCCUAUAAUGUAAUUUGAGCAUUUAGUAUAGUAUACACCUGUUAUAAAACCUUAAAGAAAAUUUUACACUUCAAAAAUAAGUCACUGCAGGUUAUAAGGGCUGUAGAUAAUUUUUCUUUUUUACAAACUCUAAACUAAAGUCCAAUUUCAUGAAUACAACUUCGAAAUGCUAUAGAUAAAUCAUCAGAUGUAAUUAUUUAUUUUUUCUUUAACUAAACUAACAAAAUCCUUAUGACCACCUGCUUAACACCGUGGCCAGACUAUCAGCAGUGUAACAUUACUGAAAUAAUAAAGCUGUUAACCAUGGCUGUAACAGCGGAUCACUGCAAACCAAAUUAUAUAUUAUGUACUAGAGCAUGUCUAUCCUAAAAAUGCAAAUUACACAACACAUGCAAAUUUUCAUCACCAGAUGUGAAUAGCCGUGAAAGUGUUUCCAUAAGACACAGUGUGUUAAACUUGGAUAAUUUAGCAAACUUCAGAAUCAGUUGAGUUUGAGUCGAUGACUUAACAAUACGAUUGACUGAAAAGCUCAACAUCCAAAUUAUACCAGAAUGGACAAUAAGAACAUGUCAUAACACUUUCCAAAUGCAGGAAUGGUCGCUUUAUCUGCCAGCACUGUGGCAGGCUCCUUGUCCAUUUCGAGAGGCUACUAGCUCUUUACACAAGAGAGUAAUGUACUUGAUAAAUGGCUCAUAUCGGCCAAUUCACAUUAGUUGUUGGAGUGGAGCACUACUAGUCUUCAUAGAUGGACUGAUGGCUCACAAUCAAGCAUGAAAUAGACCCAGCUAACUAAUGAUGCAAUGUGAGAAUUAGCAGCUAAUGGCCUAAAGUGAUGAAAGACAUUAAAUGAGAGUGCUUAAGAAUGUUAACAUUGAAGGGUAAAUGUUGAAGUGUUUUUGCAGGAGGAGCUUGGUAUACUGAAAUAACAGAUGUAAAAGGACUUUCUAUAUUUUAUUUUUGGUAAAUCUAGAGUGGUUGUUGUCUGGCAUUUCUAUCCAAGAUAACGCUUUAUUAUUCCCAAUGGUUUAAUUGGUAAAAUAUAUUUGUUUCAGCGUUGGCUGAACCCUUUCUGGUUGAAUUCAUUUUAGAAGUGGGUGUUAUUUUAUCUUUAUGUUGGUCCAGACCUUCUUUUUUUUUUACAGUCAAUGGUUCAGAGUCUGAACCAUAGACCGUAUAUUAUUGAUAUUAUUAAUAUUGAUAUUAUUAAUAUUAACGGUCUAUGGUCUGAACCAAAAAAAACUGAAGUUGGAGUCAAAACAAAAGAUAUGGCUCAAUAGUGAUUGGCGGGUACGAGCGUAGCGCGUACUCGAUGUGUCUUGCUCUCGUUGCCACUUCACCCAUUCACAUGUAAAUGAACCGUGAUAUAUACCUAGUACAUGCCCCCUCGGAGCAGCAUUAAGGAGCCCAGUCUCUCUGCAAGCUUUGUUGGCCGCUGGGAUCGCCCGGCCAUCUGUCCCAUUGACAAACUGUAACGGCUCUUUGGAUUACACAUCAACCUCCAGUCCAGUGGGUUUCUGGCAGCGCCUGGGUUAAACUUUAACAACAUGGCCCCCAUCAGUAACAACACACACGGAACGGACAGAGGUGAUAACUGCAGUGGAAUCAAAUCUGACAGAAAGAUGAGGAAACCUCUGGUCGAGAAGAAAAGAAGGGCUCGCAUCAAUGAAAGUUUACAAGAACUAAGAGUUCUCGUGGCGGAUGCAGACUUGCAAUCAAAGAUGGAGAAUGCCGAAGUGCUGGAGAUGACAGUGAAACGUGUGGAGAGCAUUCUGCAAAACCGGGCUCAAGAAGUGGACGCCGUGAACCGGGAGGCCUGUGAGCGUUUUGCUGCAGGCUACAUCCAGUGUAUGCAUGACGUUCACACUUUUGUGUCCAACUGCCCGGGAAUUGACCCAACAUUAUCCGCGGAGCUGUUGAACCACCUUCUGGAGAGCAUGCCCCUAAACGACGAAGACCGCCUCCGGGUGAUGCUGCCGGACACGUUGACAGAGUGCCCGUCUGAGAGCAUGUACACGGCUCUAGUGUCCCCGGCCCCCUCCACCACCUCCACCGAUGACCUCUGCUCUGACCUGGAUGAGACGGACUCAGAGCAAAGUCAUGUUUCUUCUUCAGAGGAGGCUGAAAGCCAGGAUGUAUUGUGCUUGCCUUCCAUAACUUACUCCAAGUCAAUGUGGAGACCAUGGUAGAUUGUUUAAAAAAAAAAAAAGGAAUAGCAUGUUUUAACUUACGCUAGAUGAUUUAAUGCUUUGUGUUAUGUUGUAGGGAGUAGGCCUCAGUACAUGCCAACAACACUGCUGAGAUGACAACUCUGCAACGUAUUGAAAAGCGUCUGAGAAGCUCUUUGUAUAAUUAUUUGGGAACUACCAUUAAACUAAAUGUAUUUAAUAAAUAAAAUAUGUAAUUAAAUCUGUUUUGCAGAGGUCAGGGACUUGUAGGGUCUUCAUUUGGAAGUGUUUUGGCCCUGCCUUCAGUGAAGGGGUAAAUGCAUAUGUAAAUAUUUACUUGUUGAAUAUGACUGGGCUGUUAUAGCUGCCCCACUAGAAAUGUAUUGUUAGUUGUGUGUAAAUUAUUUGUAUUUAGGAUGUUUUUAACCUUGUAUUUAUAAGUGUCCAACGACGUUUAGUAGGCUACCUCAUCUGAUUUGCCUAAGUUUCAACUUUUCAAUAAAUAUCUUUUUGACUUU